AGCCUUAAUACAAAAGCUUAAACACUACUAGUAGUUCUAAUUAUGCAAAAAGAGAUCUGACAAGCUUAUGGAAUUAUUGAAAAAUAACAUGAAUUUGAAAUAGGCCAGUUUGUUCCUGAAGGUUUUGCGUUGUUUACAAAUCAUUAAAUGCGAAAAACACUUUACUUUCCUAGAAAUGUUUACAAACUGUGAUGGCUUAUCAGCUGAACUAGCACUGAUUCUUGGAAAUUCGGAGACAAAAAAGCAGUUUCUCAAGCGAUUUUACCACACUUAAAAUUUAACAUGCCAAGAGUGAAGAUGGUUGUUGUUCAACUUCUUAUUAUUAUUUUGUGUGGAUUCCUGAUUCCAGCCUGCUUUGCAAAGAAUUACUGGUAUGUGGUGGCUCCCAAUAUGUUCCGCCUCAAUCACGAGGAAACGCUCGUGGCGGGAGUCCUAGGAACAGGCAACGGUAGUGUUCAGAUAAAGCUACUUCUGGAUAACGUUGAAAUAUCUCAGCAGCAAGCAGUAGUUAUGAGUCAAGAUAACAGCGAUAUGUUUAAAAUGAAGGUGACGGCAGAACACAUUAAUCAGUAUCUUGACGCCGGAUCAAAGAAAAAAGAGCAGAAACCGACCCAUGUUAAAAUGUUGGCGUAUUUCCCGGAUGGAAGCCAUUCUACAAGAGAGAUUUUCAUUGGUUACAAGUCUGGUUACCUAAUCGUACAGACAGACAAACCACUGUAUACUCCCAAGGAAGAUGUGAAUGUUCGUGUUCUUGCAAUGGAUGAAUCUUUGAAGCCAAUACGAGAUCAAAAUUUAUACAUAGAUAUUCGAACACCAUCGUCUGAUAUCGCCAGUUAUGAAGAGGUAAUUGCCUUGGAUCGGAAGACGUUUUCUGGCAGCAUGAACGGCUUUUAUCGUCACAAGUUCCCACUCCCCCCGUACCCACAUAUCGGUGAAUGGACCGUGAAAGCGUAUUUGGCAGGAAUGUACGAUACCGAAACAAUUGUUCCAUUCGAGGUGAAAGAAUUCGUUCUGCCGACGUUUGAAGUGAAAAUAACGAGUAAAGAAGCAUACAUCUUGGAGAACAAAGAGGAUAUUAAAGUGACGGUUGCCGCUAGGUAUGUACACGGAAAGAUGGUACAGGGGUCUGCGGGACUGCAGUUCAGAAUCGUGGAAGAUAAUGGAGCCCAGAAUGACAUGUUCUCCAAAAGUCGAAAAAAUCUCAUCAACGGCUUGACUGAGUUUACUAUCAACGUACGGGCUCUAAAAAAUGCACGAGGAAUGUAUUUUCCUGAAAAUGCUCGCUUGCUUCUUGAGGCUGACGUCAUCGAGGACGCUACUGGCAAAGAAGAAAUAGCAUCAGAGGAUUUCCUUGUAUUCACAAAAACUCCUUUCCGCUUUGAUUUCUCAAGGUCGAAGAAGACGUUUAGGACAGGCAUGAUUUAUCAUUUAAAGAUUGACAUGACCUACGUAAAUGGGCGAAACGCAGCCAAUCAGCGAAUAAACAUUCGUUAUUACGAGGGAACGGAACAAAGAAAUAUGCCUAAAUAUGAAUAUACCACAAAUGAUAGAGGACAGCUAGUGGCACCUGUGUUAGCAGUUGAGCAACAACAGUUGCUUUUCCAGGUACAUCCCAUAGAUUACCCUGGGGAGAUCGCCAAUUUUUACGUCAAACCUUACAUCGGCAACAAUCAAAUGGUCGUGGAAAAAGUUGAAAGGGACAAUGAACAGUUUAUUCAAGCUUACACAAACAUGAAUCCUGUCAGUCGAUUUACUGGAAUUAUGAUGAUGAUUGUUUCACGUGGAGAAAUUGUGUACACCUCAUUCCAUCAACCGACGAAUGAAAUCAACAUUCGAAUGGAGAACCACAUUCUUAAGAAGGUUUCUCCUGGGGCCCGAUUGCUCGCCUUUUAUGUUGACAAACAAGGAGAUGGAAUAGUGGCUGACUCGACAAAGUUUGCAGUAGACCCUAUGUGCAGAGGUGAACCGCUUAAGGUGAAAACCGAUACUGCAACGUUAGACCCCGGUGCAAGUUGUAAUCUAACGGUGACCGGACCGAGUGAUAUGUGGGUCGGGUUCAACGUCAUAGACAAAGCCUUGCUUUUGAUUAAAAGCGGCAACAUUCUCAAGCAGGACACGAUAUUCCAAGCCUUGGACUCACAUGACCUCGGCUGUGGAGCUGGGAGUGGGAAUACUAGCGAAGAAAUGUUCAAGAAUGCAGGAUUAACAAUAUUGACAAAUGCAAACGCCGAUCACGCCGCUCUUACACGAACUAGUAAAUACUGUGACAUAGCGAAACAGAGAGGUCGAAGGUCGAAACUUAAAUGCCAUCCCGGGAUGCAAAACUGUUGUCAUCUCGGGGAAGUGAUUGCUGAUCGUCUGCUUGAGUGGAAGGAUAAUCAACUUGAGUAUAACAAAAUUGUGGUCGAUCUUAAACCUCGCGACGAUUGUAUGGCCAAGGCAAUGGCUAUACGCAGAGAAAAAUAUAUAUCACAUUCAUGCAUCAUCUCUGUAUAUCAAUAUUGUCUGGAACGACUCAGUUCAGAGCUUAAAGACCAAGGCCGGGAGAGAAGAUCCAUUUUCGCUGAUGAUGAUCAGUACAGAAAAGAUUGUUAUACACUACUUCAGCUAGCCAACUCCUUAACGAGAAGAUCGAACUUCGAGACUUCGUUUUUCUUUGAAGAAUACCAACUACGGAAUGGAUUUUUGGAAAAAGGAGUUAAAUUCAGAGAUUCCAUAACGGAGUGGAGUGUUCAAGCCGUCGGUAUAUCGGCAACUGAAGGGGCCUGCAUUGCUGAAUCAGUCGACGUGAAGACCUACAGGCCGUUCUUUAUCCAAUUGGAUCUACCUUACAAAGCUACUCGAUUUGAACGUUUCAUCAUUAAAGUGACUGUUUUCAACAAUUACGACCAGACGCAAAAUGUUAGUGUGUUUCUAAAAGGAGUUGACGGACUUUGCUAUGGCACUUCACCUGGACAAAAUUUACCGCGGACACUUGUUGAACUGGAGCCCAACAACGCCAAGACCGUGUCAUUCUCGGCCAUACCGUUGGUAGCUGGGGACAUUCCUAUCACAGUUUCGUCGUUUGUAGAUUCCAACGCACCUGGGAAGGCCGAUAUCGUCAGUAAGAAGCUUCAUGUUGAGAAUGAGGGCAUCAUGGAAACGACUCAAAUCCACGUUUGUUUGGAUCCUCACAAUCAAAUGGAGGCUUGCAGGAACUCGCCACAAGUGACUGCAAACGAUCAGCUGCAUGGGGACAGAGCAGUUCGAACAUAUGAAUUAGAUCUGACGUUACCUGCAACAGCUUUGCCUGGAACUGGCUCGGCUUCAGCCUAUAUUGAAACUGAUAUUAUGGGCGCAUCAGUAGCACCUUUACUUGACGGCGUGGAUAAUAUGUUUACGGAGCCAACCGGAGAUGGAGAAGUUACUAUGAUGCAAACAGCACCAAUCGUUUACGGGAUGAGGUAUCUCAGAACAACAGGACUGGAAACCACUGCAAAUGUAGAACAGGGAACAAACUGGAUAAAACAAGGAGUAUUGAGAGAAGUUUCGAAAUACCAGAAGGCCGAUAAGUCUUAUGCAGCAUGGAAAAGUCGCCCAACGAGUCUGUGGUUGACGGCAUUUGUUUCAAAGGUUUUCUGCCAAGCCGAAAAGGUAUUAGAUGGAAUUGUGGAGAAGGAAAGUUUGCAAAUGACUCUGAAAUAUAUUGCUAACAAGCAAAAACAAACAGGAAAAAUGGUGGAUGAAAACCCAGUGAUCCAUACAGCAAUGCAGGGCGUCCUUGGUCGUGGUGACUCAAAGGAAGAUCCCUCUUUGACAUCAUUUGUAUUGAUCGCAUUACAAGAGUGCAGAGAAAGCACAGAGGUGGUGGAGGAUGCUGUUUCAAAGGCCAUUGGCUAUUUGGAAGGUUUGCCAGAGAGAAACCUUCAGAACAAAUACUUGUUAGCCAUCACUGCGUAUGCCCUUUCUCUUAGUAACAGUGAACACAAAUGGAAACUGAAGAAUCUUUUGUUGAAAUCUGCAACAGAAACAGACGAUAUGAUGUAUUGGUCCGACCAUAAUCGUAACGAAGCUACGGCCGCUGAUGUUGAAACUACUGCAUAUGCUUUGUUAGCUUUCCUCAAGUUUAGUGACAUUAGAACAAGUGAGAAAAUUGUGACAUGGUUAACGGGUCAGAGGAAAAUCAUUGGUGUUUGGUACACGACUCAGGACACCGUAGUUGCCAUGCAAGCACUUGCUGAGUACAGCGCACGAACCUUCAACCGAAAAGUGAACUUGGACAUUGAAAUCCGGAUUGGACAAUCUUUACAGAAGGUUUCUGUAACAAGUGACAAUGCUUUGAUUCAAAAAGUCAUCCCUGAGCUUCUAGUUAAGGGUGAAAACAACAGGAUCUUGGUCCUUGUUAGUGGCAGCGGGACGGCUAAAAUGAACAUUGAGCUUCGCUGGAACAGGAGAGCACUGUUAAAUGAGACAUGUUAUUUUGACGUAUCGCCGAUAGAAAUCACCGAGGUGAAUCGGGAAUUUUCUGAAUCCUCCAGAGGGACGUUCCGAGUUACAGAUGAGCCAUGCGAUGUGUGUGGACGAUGCCCUGGUGACGACGUAGAAUAUGAAUACGGGAUCGACUUUAAUGACAUAGGAAAACGAGAGGCAGAUAACAAUACACCUCAAAAAUGUGUUGCCUUUGAUGUCAAGACAUUCGAUGGUGAUAAGGCACGUCUCUCCGUCGUGCAUGUAAACCUUGAAACUGGUGUGAAAGCAAUAGAAGAAGACUUUAAAGAGAUGGUGACAAAUGGAGUCAUCGACAGAUAUGAGAUGCCGGAAGAUGGCAAGAGUUUUGUAAAUUUCUAUGUUUCGAUUAGUCUGGUACCUAAGAAGUUAAUAUUCAGACUGGAAGAUACUUUCCAUGGUAAAACCGAUUCACAACAGCUUGCGACUAUUGUUGUUUACGACUAUCACAAACAAGAAAAGAAAUGUAUAAAAUCCUAUAGCAUUGGCGAUAAUCAUGGACAUGAGUCAGUGGCCUUCAGAUGUGACAGAAAUAAUGACCAGUGUGAAUGUCUGCAGACUCAGUGUGUAUCCCCUGUUGAAGAGGAACUGGUCGAUUACAUGGUCAAGUUUAGAAAUCGUUAUAGGGCUAACAGGGUGCACAUGACGAACCCAACUGAUAAGAUCUUAAAUUAUGCUUGCAAUAUGGAAAAGGCGAAUUUCGUAUACAAGGUCACGAUUGAAGAGACUUCUUUGGAUGCAAUUGCACAGAUGAGAUAUGCUACAGCAGUCAUAGACAGUGUCAUCCUUGCAGGAAAAGAGACCCAAUUUCCAGGUGAUGAAAUUAAAUUCAAGUGGAAGCUGAUGUGCAGACACCCAGACCUGAAGAGGGGGAAAACUUAUUAUAUCAUCGGAAAAGAUCCUACAAUCUACAAUGAUUAUGACUACGGAGGCAAUAGAGAGGCUCUCUAUGAACUUAUGGGCACGACGUUAGUUAUUGAUCCAAGCUACACGCAAGUCCUGAAGAGGUUGAUGAACGCAUUUGAAAGAAAAAUGAAGAAAGACAAUGGCUGUUUAUAUUAAUGGGUAGAAGCGUGCUGUUUUUUCUUUAACAGUUAAACAUCAUUAUGACUUGUGAAAACUGCAAUAACACAUAGUAAUAAGCCAUUGCAAGACGCCAUAAGACGAAAAAGACGAAACAUGAAACACGUAUUAUUGGUUUGAAUGUGACAUUGCAAAAUGUUUUUACAUCGUUUUUGUCAUACUAUAUUUAACAAUAGUUUAGGUAACACCGAAAACCCUAUUGUCACGUUCUUGGCUAUAUAUUGCUUAAAGCAGCUGUAUGUGACUUCGUUUUGUAUGGUAUUAUGUAGCAUUGGAGACGAUCGGCAUCGACCACUUUGAACCAAUUACAUAUUGCUUGGUUGUAUGCCAUUUGGAACGCCUUUGAAUACCUUAAACAUUUGAAAGAACUGCUAAGAUUGGUUAUGCAUAUUCAUUGAUAUGUACAUUUGUUAAAGGCAUGAUACUUUGUCUAUAACAUAUAAAUCAUUCGUAUCAAUGACAAUUGACAAGAAAGCGUACUUUUUUCUGUAUCGGACUCGUUGAUUUAUUGGUAUGAAUGAUUAUACUUCAAGAAAAACUUGUGUUAUUUUCGUUACAUAGAGAUUUUGUUGAAUUUAACAUGAUUGCAUAAGUUCAGAAACUUAUGUUAUAAAAAGGCAAGUUAUCAUUGAUUUCAAACGACUGUUCAGGUUUCAUGAAUGUGAUUGCCUUCUUUUGUACUGUAUACCUCAAAAUAAUCAGAAUUUGUAUAGCGAAUCCGUUAUCAUAUUCUCUACAAGCUAAUUAGUCAAACCAUAAACCAAGCAUGCAGCCAUGGUUUAAUGACCAGAACUUAUCUAAAAUAUCAGUCAGGACGGUUUCUGAUUGAUUGCCAAAUGUAAUUAAACCAUGAACCAGCUACAUACAGCCAAGUCUCAGAACAUAUAUAGCGAUUCUUUCAAUACAUUAUCUGAUAGCCAAUGUAGUUUAACCUUAAGCAAUAACAUUAAGCCAUACCUUACAUUACAAAAAUAUACAGAAUCAGCUAGUACGGUCUCUGAUAGCAAAACCACUUAAACAAUCAAUCAUUUACAUUCGGUCAUACCAUCAUGAACACAAUAAAUGUAGAGACGACUCAGCUAGAACGGUCUCUGAUGCUCGAAAUAGUUAUACAAUGAAUAGGUUAUAGUUAGCCAUAUCUUCAUAAUCGGAUUGUGUAUAAAGGAUCAGCUAGUACGUCCUCUGAUAGUCAAAGAAGUAAAGCCAUGAAUAAAACACAUACAGUAAUACGUUAAGGAUCAGAUAAAAUAGGGAGAAUCAGUCACUAUGGUCUCUGAUAGCCGUACUAUUUAAACCGUGAAUCAAUUCUGUAUAGGGUAUAAGCCAGUACAGCAGCAGCAAUAGACAUUAUUCAAAUGUUGACAACUUUCGAUUCAAUCUUGACUUAUUCAAAAGUCGGAAAGUAUCGUCUACCAUAUCGAAGUAGAUGUGGUCACCGACUGCACACCUUCAUUUAUCUCUGUAAUUUCAUGCGUUUAAGCAUGCUGGGUUUGUAGUGAGUUAGUAAAAAACAACAACAUUUUUUUUUCGUUGAACUAGUUAUGAUUGUUGAUUCGUACUGCUUUGUGUAACACAGUGAUAUGUCAUUGAAACAUACGAUUCUUACACUAUCAUUUAAAUCUAGAAGAUGUAACUAACUUUUGUAUUUGCAUGCACUUAUUAAUGUAACAAUGAGAAUUUAAUAUUCUUUGA